AUGGCGGCCGAACCUACGCCGCACCCUCAGCACGAUCCCACGACAGAGGAAGACGCAUUGGGUAGUGACAUUGAUGCCGAGCACGAAGACGAUCCUAUGCUAUCAGAGCAGACGGCUGAGCAGUCAGAUAGCGCAAACAACCAACAAGACGACUUGGAGGGCUCUGACGCUGACGCAGAAGGCGAAGAAAUCGAUGAUGAUGAGGGAGAAGCUGUCGGGGCUGUGAAGCUGCCAGCGGGAGAAGAAACGUCGGAAGAGGAAGACCAAGAAGACGAAGAAGAGGCGGUUGCGUCAGAUGAAGACGAAAGCGAGAGUGGAGGAGAGUCGAACAAUGAAUCAGACUCAAGCGACGGCGAGUCAGAUGCUGGACGCGAGUGGGAAGGAAGCGAGGGCGCCGAUGGAUCAACUGCCGGCGAGGUCGCUGAUAAUAAUAACUGCAUGUCAGUAGGCUCAUUGCCCCAGCUUCGGUUCAAUCAAAAAGUGCUGAUCCAAAGAAACAGCUUCUGUGGAGCGGACGAGGAACAUGAUCCAAGCGACGAGUAUGAAGAGUACCUUGCAUGUGUGGUGUGCGGGGAUAAUGCCCAUGGACAGUGUGCUCGAAAUGCCGAUGCGCUCGAGUCAGACGAAGGUUGUGUUCAAGAUGGUGCGCAGCCUGAUAGCGGCAAGGACACGACCAUACGUCGUCGAUCUUUGGCAUCCAACAUUGCCAGAGACCUACUUCCCGCGCAGCGCGGAAUUCUGAAACCAGACUCUCAUUCCAUGUUCAAUAAACUUAUAGUCGAUGACGAUCCUCUCGAUGGCUCCCGCUUAUUGCGCAAGCGAAAGGCUUCAUCAAAUGAAUUGGAAGAGCCGGCCCUCGGCAGCAGGAAACGAUUGAGGAGGCGAUCCGAUGACAACUUCAGCGCUGGAGAUUCCGCUGUAUCUGGAGACGAGGCGUCUAAAAGCAUCGCCAUUGCACCCACACCUGGGUUGAAUGACGAAGCCACUCCGAUGGACUCCAUGUCACCGAGUAUAGCUUCAUCCAGGCCAAGACGAUCGAGGAACUUGAAAAAAGCGAGCGUUACAAUUGUCAAAAACACAAGAUCAAGCAUUGAGGUUGCCUUCCGUGUCGAUCCUUUGAAACUUUCGAGAAUAUUAGAGUCGCGACGCAGAAAAAAGAAACGACGUGUGGUGGAACGGCCAGCUGCCCCCGUCGAACCUCAAUAUCCACCUUUACUCGCAACAAAUUACAUAACCCCUUUUUACGCUUUUCAUGACCGGGAAAAUGACGAACUGAAAUCGAAACCAUAUGGCGGUAUUUUGUCAGAAGCCGAAGCUGACACUUCAAAAACGUUACCGCAAGCGACGGAUCGUGCUCGUUUUGAAGAUGCAAGGCAAAAGGCAGAAGAAGAAUGGAAGGUCAAAGUCGAAAAUGCACAAGGCGAGCCUGAAGGCCGAGCAUCGCAGAAAGUAUCUGGUCCGCCAAGCAAGAUAAAGUGUAUCAACUUUGGUGGAUAUGAAAUCGAUACGUGGUAUGCGGCUCCCUAUCCUGAAGAGUAUAGUCGCAAUCGGGUUCUAUACAUAUGCGAAUUCUGCUUAAAAUAUAUGAACUCGGACUACGUGGCUUGGCGACACAAGCAUCCACCAGGUGACGAAAUCUAUCGCGACGGUUCAAUAUCUGUGUUUGAAGUCGACGGUCGAAAGAAUCCUGUCUACUGCCAAAAUCUCUGCCUGUUGGCGAAGCUUUUCCUUGGCUCAAAAACCUUGUAUUACGAUGUUGAGCCGUUUCUAUUCUACGUAAUGACCGAGUAUGACGAAUUCGGCUGCCAUUUUGUCGGAUACUUCUCCAAAGAGAAGCGCCCUAGUUCACUGAAUAACGUCUCAUGUAUCCUAACUCUGCCAAUACAUCAGCGCAAGGGCUACGGUAACCUUCUUAUCGACUUUUCUUACCUUCUCACUCGGGUAGAAAAGAAAACAGGGUCGCCCGAAAAACCGUUGUCCGACAUGGGUCUUGUGUCAUACCGCAACUAUUGGAGACUGAUACUCUCCUAUGAAUUGCUAAAUCAGCGAGAAGCGCUGAGUAUUUACGACAUAUCUGAGCGGACUGGAAUGACAGCCGAUGAUAUUGUUUCGGCUCUUGAAGGUUUAAGAGCACUGGUAAGGGAUCCAGUGACGAAGACUUAUGCUAUGCGACUGGACCUCCCCUACCUUCGACAAUGCAUUGACAAUUGGGAGGCGAAAAAUUACGUGAAAUUGAAUCCCAAGGCACUAGUAUGGACACCCUAUGUCAUGGGUCGCAGCAACCUGGCCCAUUACGAAUCCGCUCCUCUGGCAACUGUAGCGCCACGAGAAGGUGAGGAAGAGGAAGAAGUAGCACCAGAAGAGAUAUCCCAAAUUGGUCAAACGAGCGCCAAUGGUACUGUCAAAGAGGAGAGCUUCGGAGGAUCAAUCAACGGUACGACCAACGGCACAACUCCGGCUGAGGAGAAGACGAGUGCAGAUAUCAGCAAUACUCUCACUCCAAAGACAGAUGACGUUGCGGGGCAAUUGAACGACACUGCGGGUCCUCCUGCCACGGUACCAGAACAUGCAUCAAUACCGACGGAUCCCAGUCGAACAGAAACUGAAGAAUCAAAGCCUAUAACAAACGGUAUCCAAAUCCCCGCCAUUCCUCCUUCUCGCUACGAGAUCUUCCCUCCGAUUCCUGGAUCUGCACGGCGCCGUCCUCACCGUCCCGCGCCUCGCAGUGUCCCUCGCACGGCUAGCACUCCCAUUCGAAGGGGCAGCCGCAACCCGGAGACGCCAAUUCCCGCGUCCAUCUACACAAUGCGUACACGCAGUAGGCUGGCUGAUGUUGUGAAUGGCGCUAGUGAAGGCGACGGUGAAUCUAUCAAAGAGAAUGAGGAUGAAAGUCAUGAGAAAGCAGUCGAUGAGCAGCUGCCAGCUAUCCCUCUUAUAAAUGGAGGUCAUGAUCUCUCGAAUCAGGCAGACAAUCCAACAAUCGCUGCAGCCCCGGAAAUAGCAGCCGUAGCUGACAAUGAGCCCAAUGUGGAUGCUGAGGGCGAGCUUGAUCGGGACGCUGACGCAGAAGGCGAUAUCGAGAUGACAGGUUGA